UGAAUUUGGACCAAAACCUGGCUCUUGCACCAACACCACCACCAGUACCACCAAUGAAUGAGGACCAAAAGCCGGCUUUUCGGUUAACACCACCACCACCAUCUAUGGCUGAGGACCACAAAGCGGAUCUACUGGUGGAUCUGCGCAAGCAGAUAGAAUAUUACUUCAGUGAUCAAAAUUUGGUUCGGGAUGAGUACCUGAAGAGGCAAAUGGAUGAUGAAGGCUGGGUUGAUAUCCACACGAUUGCCAGGUUUCGUAAGGUUGCCGCCCAAACAGCAGAUUUGAAAGUGAUCGAAGAAGCAUUGUCCUCCUCUGAUAGCGUAGAGCUCCAAGAUAACAAGUUGCGGAAGAAAGAUGGAUGGGCUAGAUAUUGUAUACCCAAAAAUUAGGUUCAUUUAUUACAAAAUAUCGCAGGUAAAUUAUCUGCGCGGAGAAGAGACUGGAAUGAACGGUUGCUAUCACACUGCUGCUGAUUUAACAUCAUUGCAGCAAUAAUCACAGCAUAAUGUCUUAUGGAGCACCUAGUUUCACCAUCAACAUUAACCCUAUUUGUUUCUGCCCUGACUUUUUUGAUGUUCUAAUCCAUCAUGACUGGAGAGAACAAGAAAGGGCAUCUAACCGGUGGCUGUAUAUUCUUAAAGUCUACCUUACAAUUCAUUUGUGAACUUGUUUUAGCACAUUUAUACAGUUUGUUAGAACUUUAUCGCCUUUGUGCUUUCA